AUGACUCAACAACAAACCAUCAAAGAACUCAUAAACCACUUAGAACAACAACAACAACAAAUCAAAGAACUGCAAGAUGCUAUUAAGACGCUCAGACAAACAGUACAGCAAUUAAUUGAAGUUACAAAACCAACUCAACCAAAACCUGAACAAUCAACAAUUAAAAUUUCUCAAGCUCAAAAUGAAGCGCAAAAAAUUCACCUUCAACCAAAACCUGAACCAACCCAACAACCAAAACAGGAAACUAAACAUUUAGAAACUCCUCAACUCAAAAUUGAACAAACUGGUCAACCCAAAAACAAAACUAAUUCAAUCUCAAUCUACUCGGACAGCAAUAUCUCAUCCUCAUUUUGUUAA